AUAUCAGCUUGAUUAGUCCUUAUAUAAUAGAUCCACAGAUCUUAACAAAAAUAGUAAAUUUCCUCCAAAGACCAAAGCAAAACCAGGAAAGGGAAAAAUGGACGCAAUUGAUUCAGUUUUCGAUCCGCUAAGAGAGUUCGCUAAGGAUAGUGUUCGUCUUGUCAAGAGAUGCCACAAGCCCGAUCGAAAAGAAUUUACGAAGGUGGCGUUUCGUACAGCGAUCGGAUUCGUGGUUAUGGGAUUCGUAGGGUUUUUCGUCAAGCUCAUCUUCAUCCCCAUUAACAACAUUAUUGUUGGAUCUGGUUAGGAAGCAUGAGAAACAGUACCAAGUUUCGGACUGUAGGCAAAAGAUCGAAGUUAGAAGUGGAUGCAAUUGACUGAGAGGUACAUCAUCUGAUUUCAUGAACUAAUUCAAACUUAGACAUGGAAAUUUCUAGUUUUCUUUAUAUUCAAUAUGUUUGAGAUUAUUUUUGUUUUAGCAUUGUAAUAGAAUCUUGUUGAAAUAAACACAAUCAUUCUGACCUCA